UCUCUCUAAAUGUCUCACGGUGAGGGUAGGAGCUGCAGGGUGUUAUUUCGUGGCUCUGUUUUGUGCGAUCAGAGCGUGCUGCUGCUGCUUUAGAAGCAACUAUUUAUUUUUGGCAUCUGACAUUAAGGCUCACCCUUUGCAAUGGCAGCAGUCCCACACAGCACCAGGGUCUGACUGGAGCUCCGUGUGCGUCCUUGUGAACAGACCCAGUGACAAUAAUGGAUCUCAUUUAUAACAGGGAUUAACCGGCCCAGGAAACGAACUGUCACAGCUUAAAGUGUUUUGAGCCUCGGAGGUGAAGCAGCAAUACCAACAUAAUGACCAAAGAUGAGGAGGUCCCCGACUGGGUGGGAGCCCAGGAAUUCUACAACAAGUACGAAUCCAAGGAGAUUCUGGGCAGGGGAGUGAGCAGCGUGGUGCGUCGCUGCAUCAACAAGCGGACGUCUCAGGAGUACGCUGUGAAGAUCAUCGACAUCACCCCCUCGGACAAGAUGACCCCAGAGGAGAUGGAGGAGAUCAGAGAGGCGACGAUGAAGGAGAUCGACAUCCUGAAGAAAGUCUGCGGACAGGAGAACAUCAUACAGCUCAAAGACUGCUAUGAAUCAAAUGCCUUCUUCUUCCUGGUUUUCGACCUGAUGAAGAGAGGUGAACUUUUUGACUACCUCACAGAGAAAGUUACUCUGAGUGAGAAGGAAACCAGGAACAUCAUGCGUCCUCUGCUGAAGGUGGUCGAGUUCCUCCACAACCAGAACAUCGUCCACCGUGACUUGAAGCCUGAGAACAUUCUCUUAGACGACGAGAUGAAAAUCAAACUCACAGACUUUGGCUUUGCUGUGCAAGUCCAGCAGGGACAGAGACUCAAAGAGGUGUGUGGCACCCCUGGAUACCUGGCUCCUGAAAUCAUCCAGUGCUCCAUGGACGGGGGGCAUCAAGGAUACGGUACCUCUGUGGAUAUAUGGAGUUCAGGGGUGAUCAUGUACACGUUGCUCGCAGGCUCUCCGCCCUUCUGGCACAGGAAGCAGAUGCUGAUGCUGCGUAUGAUUUUAUCUGGGAAAUACGACUUCUCUUCUCCAGAGUGGGAAGACCGCUCAGACACUGUGAAAGAUUUGAUCUCUCGGAUGCUGGUGGUGGAUCCAAAGCUGCGAUACACAGCAACAGACGUCCUCAACCACUCAUUCUUCUCACAGUAUGUGGUGAAUGAAGUACGACAGUUCACUCCAUACAGGCGGUUCAAGGUCAUUUGCAUGACUGUCCUUGCCACGAUGCGAAUCUACUGCAACUACCGGCGUGCUAAACCUGUCACCAAGGAAGUGAUCAUGAGCGACCCAUAUGCAGUCAAGCCAAUCCGCAAGCUUAUAGACGCCUGUGCGUUCAAGAUCUACGGCCACUGGGUUAAGAAGGGCCAAACUCAGAACAGAGCAGCACUUUUUGAGAACACUCCUAAAGCCAUCCUGCUGUCGAUGAUUGCUGAGGCUGAAGAGCCCGUGCAACACAUCUGGUGAAGAGCGCUCAACCCUCAGGACUGAUCUACUGCAGAAGAUCUAAUCAGCUUGGCUUAUUGUGCUCUUCUCUGUUGUAUAAAGAGAAAUUGACUGGUAAAACAUCACUUUACAGGGUUAAUUUAAGAUGGUCUUUAAUGUGGAGAGCAUAUUUUGCUUGUGAGUUCUGAAAUGCAGCCUUAUUUAUUAGUCGGAUUGAUUUACCUCAGAACUGCUAAGUUUGGUAAACAUCUGUCAUACAAAUGUAGAUAGAAAAUAAUAAAUGCACCUAUUGUUAAUUGUAUAACCUGAGAAUGUACUUGCAUGUGCAUGUCUUAAGAAAACUGAGCCAGCAGCCACCUCGUAAUGUUAUCAAAAGGAAAUUGUUUAUCACUGUGCAUCAAUCUUGAUAUUUCAAGCAUGUACACAACAGAUCCAGCUCAUCUCUAAACCAAUUUAUGUUCAAGAUCAGAUUUUAUACUUUACAUUUGAAUAUAAACAGUGAAAGCUUUUUUUGGUUGUAUAAAUGAGUGUUUUUGUGAGUACAAUGGAUUGGUUAGAACGUGUCACUCAAAGCAGAAAUCUGAAAUAAACAUGUGGCAGACUGGGAUAUUAAAUGGUUAACCUGCCUAUUUGAAAGGGCAUGGACUUAGACACGCAUGUACUGUGUGCAUCUUUAAUCAUUAUGCAGGAUGUACUUAACUACUUGUCUGUACUUACAGCAUCAAGGGAAAUAUAUGUAUUGCACUUUAAAAUGUAUGCUAUGGAUAUAUUUAUUAAUGGUGCAUUUCAUUUGCCUAAGUCUUGUUAUUGAAUAAAAUGGGAUUUGGUAUUCUUA